CCCAAAACCCUUUUCCCAAACAACCACGAACCGCCACCGCUUGCGCCUCCCGUCAUUCUCUUCGCCGACGUCUUCUUGUCUGCAAAUCGGUUCUGUAACUGUAAGCUUUCUCUGAACUACUCUUAGUCGUAUCUCUCGAAGUUUUCUUAUAUCGUCUUCUAGAGAAAUAUGUCAUUAUUAGAAAUAAUCAUUAAAGCUUCAUCUGAGCCUGGCCGGACGGAUUAUGAGUCAGGAUAUCCCAUAGUUCUCGAUUCAGUUCCUGUUUUUAAAAGCCUUAAGCCUGAAAAUAAGGACCCGAUUGACCAAAUACUGGUUAGAAGGGUUAAUGGGUUUGAAAUUUCGCAACCUGAUAAUGAAAGAAUUGAAUUGGGCCAGAAGUUCUUCAAGGAGUUGAGAAGAAAAUUGAAGAAUACAAAGGGUUUUUCUAAAGAGGAGUUUUUACAAAUGUUUAAUGCAUUUCUGAUUAACACCUGGGAGAAGUUUAAGAAGGAGAAGGAGGAGCUCUCGGUUGGAAAAGAUAGGUCAGGGGAAGGUUACACUGUUAAAUUGGUUGAGAAGAUUGGGUCUCUGAUUGGCAGAGAUGUGAGGGGUUUGGUAUUGGAGUGUUGUGUUGUUUUGGAGCUUUGGGAUGCUUUGAAAGCUUUGAUUGUUAAUACACUGGUUGAGCAUUCUUGUGUUUCAAACUUGAUUAACAAUUUGAUUGAGAAAAGCAAGUCAGAUUUGAUCGUCUUGUGCAUCAAGCAUCUCCCAGACAUUCAGGGUUAUGAUCUUUUGUGCAUAUUAAAGUAUUUUUUGUGUCCCUCUAAAGAAGCAUAUGCGAAUAUGGUUAGCAUUAGGAAGGAGUGGGAAAGCCAAGCAUCGUUAGCAAUCGAUAAAGUGAGUGAUAAGAGCCUUCAUGGGAUGAAAGUGACCAUCGAGAAGGAUGCUUCUUUGUUGCUUAUGGUAGCUUAUGAUGGGUUCUCUGUGUCUGAAUUGUGCUUACACUAUUUGAUUGCGUCGAAGAAUGUUGAUGAAGUCAUAUUGGCUUCUUGUAUUAGUAGGUUGAAUGGUUCAGAAAUCAGGAGCUUGAUUCAGUACUUGAACAAGUGGUUGAAGAAGUAUGAUAGGUUCCCUCAGGUACAUCCUUGUCCAGAGGCAUCAUCUCUUUUGGGUUUGAAAGUUUGUGAGUGGAUUCCUACCCUUGAAGAUAUUGUGAAAUGUUUUGGUUUGGUUGUGGAUGAACACUUCUCCUCUAUACUUCUGCAUCCCGAAUUUCAUGAGGACAUGAAAUCCAUUGAGGAAGUUGCUAGUUCUUUAGCUGAUGAAGCAAGGUGGUGUGGGUCCAUGGCGAAUUUGGUCGAAAGUUUGAAAAGGGAUCAUAGAGGUGUGCCUGCAACAGGCAAUUCAUGCUAGUGAUACAGAUGGCAGAGCUUAUUAGGAUGCUCAGAAAUUAGGCCUAUUAACUAUAUGUGUUAUACAGAAAGACUCGUUAGGCAGUAACGGAAUAUGGCGGCGAUGCCCCAACCAGUCUCGGCAUUAGCCCUUCCUCUGAGAAACUUGCAACUGUGAAGUUUGUUGGGUAUUGUUUGCUAGAGUUUGGGAUUGUUUGCUGCGGAAGAGAGAAAUUUUACCAUGCUACAGCUAUUGGACGAAUCUUCUUCCAUUUUGCUUGGGAUUGUAAUGAAUAGAUUUUUUGCCUGAUGGAUAUUGUUAUGCAAUUUUGUAAUGAAUGAAGUUAUAUCUCAAGAGUCAAGACCUGCGCUCACAUGUUGAUUUUGGUUUAUGGUGAUACAAUUUUAUCACUUAAUCUUACCCAUGAUCAAAACAAAGACUUGCUUAUGGUUUGUG